CACGACCAAAGGGACGGCGCUGGUUAGUAAGGGCGGGCAGUGAGUGCGAGGAGGUGGUGAACAGACAGGCUGGCGUUGGAACUUGGAAGCAUGGCCGCGUUAGGAGGUGGAAUGCAGUGCCCGCAGUGUGCACGUGCACGUGCCAGAGAGCCCCUAGCUCCAGGGACCAGGGCUUCGUCGGGAAGGCGUGACUCAAAGAGAAAAAGUUUGGCGAGAUGGCGAUUGGCGGGGCUCCAAGAGACGAGCGAGGACGGAGGCUGCAUGGAGAAUACUAAUGGCCUCUGCCUCUCAAGUCAAAGUCAUGUCUCUGCAAAGCUAGACAGACCGUAAUGGACUUUCUCUUCUACCACAUACAAGCUUCACACUCAAACUACUUCAUCUAGGACGUGGACAAUUCCCCAAGCACUCUAAUUGCUGAACAUUUCCCACUAGUAGCCGGACGCACCAGUAUCAGAAGCUUGACAAGCAGACCACUUGACAGCUUCAACCAUGGAUCAACAACCAAAUUCACCCAUCAGGCCCAAACAUCUGCCAUCGCACAUGAUCAACGGAUCGUCUCCCCUGGUCACGCAAGAAAACCGGGACGCGCGUGAGCGAGAGAGCGCCUACAAGUCCAUCAAGUCCUCAAUGGGUCCCAAGAAAGAACCCGUGGAUCUUGAGGGCAACUACUUUCAGCCUCAUACCAGCGCCCAACCCCGCGACAAGCGUCCCUCGAGGCUGACCAACCUCGACGAGGUAGAGGCCAGAGAUCCGCGUGACGACUGGUCUUCUCAGCAAACCAGCAGGGCUAGCAGUCCCUACACCCUUGCGCCCACCAUUGACUUUGAUGGUCUCAGCUGGCCCAGCACCGGUACCCGUGAGAGACUCGAGUCGACCCCCGAACAAGCCGCAGCCCGCCAGGAGAAGCUGGCCGGCGCAGUCCGCACUCUGCUAGAGUGUAUUGGAGAGGACCCCGAAAGAGAGGGUCUCCAUGGUACUCCCGAGCGUUACGCAAAGGCCAUGAUGUACUUUACCAAGGGCUACGAGGAGAAUCUAAGGGAUAUCGUUAACGGCGCCGUGUUCCACGAAGACCAUGACGAGCUCGUCAUUGUCAAAGACAUUGAAGUCUUCAGCCUUUGCGAGCAUCAUUUGGUCCCCUUUACCGGAAAGAUGCACAUUGGCUAUAUUCCCAACGGCCGUGUGCUUGGUCUCUCCAAGCUUGCACGAAUCGCCGAGAUGUUCUCUCGCCGCCUACAGGUCCAGGAGCGCCUGACCAAACAAGUCGCACUCGCUCUGUCCGAGGUCCUCCAGCCUCAGGGCGUCGCUGUUGUCAUGGAAUCCAGCCACUUGUGCAUGGUCAUGCGUGGUGUUCAGAAGACCAGUGCUACAACAACUACUAGCUGCAUGCUUGGUCGAAUGAGGUCGACUGCUAAGACGAGAGAAGAGUUCCUGAACCUGCUCAACAGAAGAUAGAAGUCAGAAAAACAAUCAAGGUUGAUGAUGCAUGGACACAGGCGUUAGUUUAGGAGCGAUAUGGGACUUAGAUGAAGGAUGAAUGGCCACUCAACAGCCAGAUUACGGGAUGAUACCAC